CCUACGUCACUUGUUUUGAGCCGAUUUCGCCCUGGCCUUUGAUCGGGGCACCCGGUUCCAAAACGAAUGCAAUACAUUUUCAGCCGAAGCGAAACACGCCUACACGGGCGCCCGGACAAGAUGAAUCGAACGCCCUCAAUGUUCCGUCAUAGCGGACACAAAUCUGGGUUUUCCGAGAUUACCCACGACCCAACCCAACCCAACCCAAACAACAACCCAAACAGGAAGUGUGAACACUUCUCACGUAACAGUAGCGCAUGUGAUAGCCCUUCUCUUCGACUCCUCAGCAUUCACCACUUGGGACUCAGUUGGUUGGUGUGCGUGCACCAGAAUAGUCGAGGACAUGGACUCGAUCAAUUGUUCGAUCUGCCUGGAUCUACUGAAGGAUCCAGUGACUAUACCCUGUGGACACAGCUACUGUAAAGGCUGUAUCAAGGGAUAUUGGAGUCUUGAUGACCAAAAGGGAAUUCACAGCUGCCCCCAGUGCCGACAGACCUUCACCCCAAGACCUGCUCUGAACAGAAACAUUCUGCUGGCUGAGUUGGUAGAGAAAUUGAAGACAGAUUUCAAAACGGCUCCCUCUGCCUCUUGUUUCCCUGGACCUGAAGAUGUAAAGUAUGAUCGUGAUGACUCAGCCGCAGCAGCAGAGAGGGCUGAGAAACAGGGGCAGUUGAGAGAGAAACGGCAGCAAGUCGGGCUGAGAAUCUGUGUGAGAGAGAAGGAGAUGCAGGACAUAAGACAGGCGGUGAUGUCCCUUUCACUUUCUACACAGGCAGCAGUGGAGUACUGUGAGCUGGUCUUUGCUGAGCUGAUCCGCUCCAUUGAGAGAAGGCGCUGUGAGGUGAAGGAGCUGAUCAGCGCCCACCAGAGGGCGUCAGUAAGCCAGGCUGAAGGACUCCUGGAGCGACUGGAGCAGGAGAUAGCUGAGCUGAAGAGGAGAGACAAGGAUCUGGAGCAGCUCGCACAAACAGAGGAUAACGUUCAUUUCCUCAAGACUUUCCAGUCUCUUUGUGUGGCUCCUGGAUCUGAGCUCUUACCCUGUAUCACUGCCAACCAACACUUCUCCUUUGAGGAAGUGAAGAGCUCCAUCUCUGGAAUGAUGGAGCGACUGGAGGAUAUAUUGAAGGAGGAAAUGGUCCAGAUACCUGGAAAAGUAAUGGCUGUCUCCGAAGUCUGUGUCCUCAGCCCAAGACCACAAUUAACGGCUGCCGCUGAAGUACAUUUUCAUCGUGAGCCCAAGACCAGAGUGGAGUUCUUGGAGAACUACUGCCAUCUCACGUUGGAUCCCAACUCGGCGUAUCAACACCUGUGUAUGUCUGAGUGCAAUAGAGAAGUGUCAUGGAGUGACAAGGCUCUGCCUUAUUCUGACCAUCCAGACAGAUUCACAGACCACUACCAGGUGUUGUGUAAAGAGGAUCUGUCUGGAACCUGCUACUGUGAGGUGGAUAGGAGGGGGGAAUGUGAGGUAGCCAUCACCUACAGAAGCAUCAGCAGGAAAGGCGGAUUGGAAUGUUGUUUUGGUUCCAAUGAUCAGUCCUGGAGUUUGGUGUGUCGUAACUCGAGUUGUUCCUAUUGGCACAAUAAGAAUAGGACUGAUAUCCCAGUCCCCUGCUCCACCAGAGUAGGAGUGUAUCUGGACAGCAGGGCAGGGACUCUGGCCUUCUACAGCGUCUCGGAUACAAUGACUCUCCUCCACAGAGUCCAGACCACAUUCACUGAGGACCUCUGUGCUGGGUUUUGGGUUGGUCCUGGUUGUGGAUCAUCUGUGGCUCUGUGUUGACUGAACGUCAUAGAAUAAAGUGUAUUUCAAAUCAAA